UCGAUUUUGACCGGCCAACUUCACAGAAGUAGCUCUAACCUGCAACUAGCUUGUAUGCAUUUAUGUCAGUGCGUCCAAUGAAAGCGAGGGCCCGCAGAGUGGUUUGUGGUCGGGCCGUGUUAUACUUAAUUUACUGGUAUUAAAAAAAAAAAACAAAUAAAAUACUUAAUUUACUUGCAGAAUCUACGCCUAUCAUUAUAUAGGUUUUCCCGAAAUGGAUGAGUCUGAAUUCGUUGCCAAUGAUCUCUACAUCCCCAGCACUGCGAUGCCGGUUGUAGUGACCAACGUCAUAAACCCAUUUCAUUUGAGGAUUUAUCAAAGUGAGGGAUAUGAUGGAAGAAUGUCUCGGCUUGAAAGGGAAUUGCAUCAACUUGCAAAUACCAAAUUAUUGGAAUAUGGAGAGCACUCACAGCCUCAUAUUGGUGAUAUGGUAAUAGUUGACAACAAGUACAACUUCAAUGUUGAGCUCCCGGCCUGGUAUUGUAGGGGGGUUGUAGGUUCAGAACGGACUCCACUAUCCAAAUACAGAGUCUUCUUACCUGAUUAUGGAAUCGCCGUAGAAUCUUAUCUGGAAGAUCUGAGAAUCCUACCGCCAUGUACCAUAUCGAACCUUUUUCUCACUUUUACCAUUGGUAUUGCAGGUAUUAUACCUAUCACUUCUGCAGACGACAUUAGCUGCAUUUCAGAAAGCUGGAGCGAUAGUGCCAUCCAAUUUACAAAAGACAUUAUAGGAGCAUCUGCACUGAUAUAUUUUGACCAUCUUAGAUCAGACGAUUGUGGAAAUAUGUUCGGGGAGCUGUACUUAGUUCUAGAGAAUCAGAUUAUUACUCUGAGCAAAGAGCUAGCCUUCAAUCAAUUUGCAACGGUUAUAAGCGAGAGCCAAAUAGAAAUCACUAAAAAAAAUGAUACCCUCACCCAAAUAUCUAAUGGAUGCAGCAUGAUAAAACUAAGUGAUCCGACAUGUAACGUGAGUGGACGCGCAGGAGUGGGUGCAACAAAGAAGAACAAAGCGCAGACUAAGCACUACAAGAACACAGCAGCAGUAUAUGAUUACACUCUUGAAAGAUCACUGAGAGAACUUCACCAAGUUGAUUCAGAUACUGAGAUUCUGAUUCAUAGCAACACAGUUUGGUGUGAGCAGCUCAAUUCUGUGAGCGAAGCUAGAUUUCCUGAAAACGUCCACAAAGCACUGCGCUCUCUGUCAAUAUCAAGACUCAUGCGUCUUCAAAGAUAUGUGUGGCCUGCAAUUAUCAAAGGCUUCAAUGUGGUUGCGGUGAACUCUCCAAAAUCUGGCAAGACAUACUCUUAUCUUGUGCCGUUAGUGAGUUCUGUUGCUGCUAGCAAAAAAAAUAUGAAGGUAUGUGGAGUCAAUGGACCUUUGACCUUGAUAGUAUGCGCAUCCUGCUCAGAUGUUGUUCAAAUAUUUGAAGCAUGUACAAAAUUACUAGAAGACUAUGAUGGAAUCAAAAUUUUGGCUGCUUAUAAUGGCAUUAAAGAAAAAAGCCUAAUGGCGAAAAUUUACAAUGGCUGCGAGAUUCUUAUCGCAAUGGCUCCCUAUUUGACAAGGCUGAUCAAGUAUGACAGAAAAUUGUUGAACUUUAACCGCCUAAUGCACCUAGUAUUCGAUGAGGCAGAUAUCAUACUUGAUAAGUACCACAAUUCGUUGGGAGAGAUAUUAAAGUUUGCAGGGCUUACCUCCGGCAGACGUUCCACAGCACAGGGAGUAAGACCGCUACAAAUAAUAGCAGUUGCAAGGCAUUGGACUCCGUUGCUUGAACUGCUCGUGCGAGGAUUCAUAAAAGAUCCAUACGUCUGUAUUGGAUCUUUUAUGGAAGCAGUGGUAUAUGCCAGCCUUAAGCCAAAGCUUAUUAUUUGCCAUAAGAAUCAUAAAGCAGCAAUGGUCAUAGAAUUAUUGGACAAUCGGUGGCCGUUGUUCAAAACGGUCAUAGCUUGCGCGACUACAAAUGAGGCAAGGGAGCUUAAUAAGUUCCUCAAAUCGGCAUCGAUACCUACCCUCCUUGCCGAUGACGAUAUGAUUUUUACGGCAAUACGAGGUGUCAAAGAGACUUGGGCUGCGGGAAUUUCGGGAGAGUAUUCCGUCCUCGUAUGCACUGACUCGACUGUUCCGGAGCUGAACAUCAGAGAUGCUGAAUGGCUCAUACACUACUCACUCUCCUCAAGUACAAAGACGCAAUUCUUCUACAGAUUCUCAAUGCUAACUAACAUUAUUUCGCGCCGCAUACGAACAAAGCAGAUAUUAACACCAAAGUUUAUCCUAAUGGUGGAUGAAAGCAAUGAAACUCAACUACGUACUGUUAUCACAAUCAUGCGGAGGCUUAAAACUCGAUUGCCAUCAGCUACAGAGGCAUACCUUGAGAAAAUAUUUUUAGCUACAGAGAUGGCAAAAACAAACUUUCCUUUAUGCUACCAUGUGAAAGCCUUUGGGGUCUGCCGUCAGAAAGAUUCAUGCAAAAAUCGGCACUGUGUCAUACCAACGGUUGAUCGUCUGACAACAUCGAUUAAAGUUGGAGAUUCCGUGAGACUGGUUAUUACCUAUGUUCACGACGCCAGCCAUUAUUCCGCACGAAUUACGGAAUACACUAGGAUGGGCAGUACUGAACGUGUUCCAUUCUCUUUUCGGGAAUUUGCCGACCUUACAGUCAAUAUGCAAAAAUAUUUUUCAAACCCGACUAGCAGGAGGUACGCAAAUCCGGUGAAUGUUGGUGACAUUUGUGCUGUCGAAGAAACCCUUGGAAAUUACAAGAGGGUGGAAGUUUUAUCCAUCAUAGACGAAACUUCGUUCAACAUGCCUGUGGUCAAUGUGCGGUUCAUUGACGAUGGCGACGUAUCUAGCUUAAAAGCAUAUCAGCUACUCCAACUUCCAGAGAAUCUUGCAAGAUGGCCGUCGCAUAUCGUAGAAGUUUACCUUACGGGCAUAGUGCCUUUCGAUGACGAACCUACAUGGAGCCCAUAUGCAAACACAAUCGCCUAUAAGUGGCUGAGGCAUAAAUUGGCCAACACUUCGAUGUCUUACACUAUUGCCAAGGUACAGUUCCAUAUCGGUAAUACCCUGUGGGUCGACAAAUUUGAGGUUCGUCAUAAGUUGGAGAAUGGCUAUCCUGAUUUGACCGAAUGUUCUCUAAAAGCUACUCUAAUCCACCAGAAAUGCGCCAUAGAAAACACUAAUCAUCUACAAAACCUGCUCGAUCUCUACAGUCCUAAUAACAUGUUGAAAAAUUCUUGUACUGUUUUUUCUGCAAAUAAUUAGAGCAGAUUGACUAUAAUCUUCAUAUCACUCCUAGAGGUGUUUAUGGCCUAAUCGCAAUAAAGAAAUAAGUUUUUA